UCUUUUGGUUGGGUAACCGUUUUUGGCUGACGAGGACUUCGCACGUGUUAGCACCGUCACGUGCUUCUGUCUAGGUUCUAGUGUUACGGUGGCGGUGCUCCAGAAAAAAUAACAGCCAUGGAGCAAACUCCAUGGGCCGAAUAACGUUGUAGACAUGGUAAUUACGUUACAUUCGUUGGAGAAGUUAGUCAACUCCUCCAAUUAGCUGACCAAGGCCAACUAACGAAGGUGAGCUAAGCCCAGAGCCAAUCACCGCACCCUUCCUGUUGAUUUUUCUCUUCACAAGUCUCUCAUUCUUCCUUUUAACCAGUCCCGAUGAAUCCUCCCCUUCAUCAUCAUGGGGACCAAAUCGCUUAAUAAGAGGCAAGGCAAGCGAUCAAUCUGUAAACCAGACAUUUCCAUGCCCUCUUCUCAAAUUUCUCAAUUCACUUUUAGGAAAUUACCCCGGUUUGUUCCAUUAGUUAUGGCUUUCGGCAUAAUCACUCUUAUAGGCAUUUCGUCGAUCAUGUGGAGUAGUUUAGCGUCCGGUGAUCUGUCCUCCAAAAUCUAUACAAUUCAAGUGCUCAAUGAGUUCCCUCACGAUCCCAACGCCUUCACUCAGGGGCUGCUUUAUGCAGGAAAUGAUACAAUAUUUGAGUCAACGGGCCUUUAUGGUGAGUCAUCUGUUAGGAGGGUUGCUCUUCGGUCUGGGAAGGUUGAAGUUAUGCAGAAGAUGGAUGAAUCAUACUUUGGAGAAGGCCUAACUCUUCUUGGUCAAAGGCUGUUCCAAGUAACUUGGUUGACACAAACUGGUUUCAUAUAUGACCGAAAUGAUUUAAGCAAAGUUGAGAAAUUUUCUCAUCAGAUGCAUGAUGGUUGGGGACUGGCAACUGAUGGAAAAGUCUUGUUUGGCAGUGAUGGAUCUUCAACAUUAUACAAGCUUGACCCUCAGACAUUGAAAGUAAUUGGAAAACAUAUUAUCAAAUAUGAAAAUCGUGAAGUACGGUACCUCAAUGAACUAGAGUUUGUAAAUGGUGAACUUUGGGCCAACGUUUGGCAGACUGAUUGCAUAGCAAGGAUCUCACCCAAAGAUGGCACUCUGCUUGGAUGGAUUCUUCUUGAAAACUUAAGAAAAGGAUUGAUAGCAGCUGGACACAGGGGCAUUGAUGUUUUAAAUGGUAUUGCAUGGGAUAGCAAUGACAACCGCAUUUUUGUUACUGGAAAAUUAUGGCCAAAGCUUUAUGAGAUCAAAUUGCAUCCUGUAAAGAAAAAAGUUCGUAGCGGAGUGAUUAGCCAGCUUUGUUUACCAUAAUCAGCUGUUCCUGAAGAUUUUGACAUGUCUCUCAGUGAUUUUUAGUUCAAUCACUCUGACACAGGAUUUCAGCCUAUGUUACUCGUGUAUGAUAAAGUUGUUCUUGUGAAGUUCAGCUGACAUCCAGGAAAGGCAAAUAGAUUGUAGAGCGACAAUCACUUAUUCUUUGUGGACUGGUUUGCUCCUGUAAGAUGUUUGGAAUGAACCAUUGGCUUAUAUGAAGGAGAUAAGAUAGGAUAAUGCAUAGAAUGUACGAUAAGCUAUUAAUUUGUUUGUGAACAGAACAAUAUGGUCCCCAUUAUUUUUAUUUUGUAAAAAAAUUAGCUGAUGAGUUUGGUCCAAGUCAGUUAUCAUGGGUAAAAUGUAGGAUUAUGAAUGAGUCAAGCCCUUUGUAAGCUACUCGAUGUUUCAAAUAAUUUUUUUUGAGUUGUUUUGAUAAGUUCAAA